GUAUGCAACAGUAAAGGUGCUGUGGGAGUUUGGAUCUCUGCGCUAAUACACACACUCUUAAAAAAAAAACAACAACAAAAAAAAUAACAACGUGUGCAUGUAGUUGUAGUCAGCCUGUCUCUCUCGCUACACUCCGGUGCAAGGAGCAUCGGCGGCGGCGGCGGCGGCGGCGGCGGCAGCAGCAGCAGCAGCAGCAGUUCAGAUCAGAUUUCACAUUUCAGCUCGGGAAGAAGAGUGAGAUUGAAAAACGAAAGAGGCUUGUUUUCUCUUCCUCGCCACCACCACCACCACCCCCCACAACACCACCGCCGCCGCCGCCGCCACCACUACCACCUCCUCUCCGAUACCGGCUGUGCGAGGAAGGGCUGCGAGGGAGUCGGGCCGCACGCUGCUGCGAACACUCCGUCGGCAUUUCCACAUAGAGGAUUUCAAAGGAGAGAGCGAGGCGGAGGUGAGACAACUCAGCGGACAUUUCAGACGGGGAAAGAGAGUGAGACAGAGAGGGAGAAAGAGAGAGAGAGAGAGAGAGAGGGAGAGAGAGAGAGAGGGGGGGGGGGAGAGAGAGAGAGAGAGAGAGGGAGAGGGGGAGAGAGAGAGAUGGACGAGCAGCCGCGGCUGAUGCAUUCUCAUUCUGGGGUGGGCAUGGCAGGACACCCCGGCCUGCCGCAACACAUGCAGGAAGGCACCGGAGGAACCGACGGCGACGGAAGAAAACAGGACAUAGGAGACAUUUUACAGCAAAUUAUGACCAUCACGGAUCAAAGUCUGGACGAAGCCCAAGCCAGGAAACACGCUCUGAACUGUCACAGAAUGAAGCCUGCUCUUUUUAAUGUCUUGUGUGAAAUCAAAGAAAAAACAGUGCUGAGUAUUCGUGGCGCUCAGGAGGACGAACCCCCAGAUGCCCAGCUCAUGAGAUUGGACAACAUGCUGCUGGCAGAGGGUGUAUCCGGUCCAGAGAAGGGAGGCGGCUCAGCAGCAGCAGCAGCAGCAGCUGCAGCCUCUGGGGGAGCAGGGGCUGACAACUCUGCAGAACACUCCGACUACCGGGCCAAGCUGUCCCAGAUCAGACAAAUCUACCACACAGAGCUGGAGAAGUAUGAACAGGCUUGCAAUGAGUUCACCACCCAUGUGAUGAACCUGUUGAGAGAGCAGUCACGCACACGGCCCAUCUCACCCAAAGAGAUUGAGCGCAUGGUGGGAAUCAUCCACCGCAAAUUCAGCUCCAUCCAGAUGCAGCUAAAACAAAGCACCUGCGAAGCCGUCAUGAUCUUGCGCUCCCGCUUUCUUGAUGCCAGACGGAAAAGACGGAACUUCAACAAGCAGGCAACAGAGAUCCUGAAUGAGUACUUCUACUCGCACCUCAGCAACCCCUACCCCAGCGAGGAGGCUAAAGAAGAACUGGCAAAAAAGUGUGCCAUCACAGUCUCCCAGGUUUCCAACUGGUUUGGGAAUAAAAGAAUCCGAUACAAGAAAAACAUUGGCAAGUUCCAAGAAGAAGCAAACAUGUACGCCGCGCGAACUGCCGUGAAUGCGGCCAACGUAUCCUCGCAUGGAAGCCAGGCAAAUUCACCCUCCACUCCAAACUCUGCAGGUUCUGCUGGCUCUUUUAACAUGUCAAACUCCGGGGACUUGUUCAUGAGUGUGCAGUCUCUCAAUGGGGACUCGUACCAGGGGGCUCAGGUGGGAGCCAAUGUGCAGUCACAGGUGGAUACCCUUCGCCAUGUUAUCAGUCAGACAGGCGGAUACAGUGACGGACUAACAGCUAACCAGAUGUACAGUCCGCAGGGCAUCAAUGCAAAUGGUGGCUGGCAGGAUGCUACAACUCCCUCAUCAGUGACUUCACCCACAGAAGGACCCGGCAGUGUUCACUCAGACACCUCCAACUGAUCCCUCCAACUUCCUCCUCCACCCCCACCAUCAUCACCAUUUCAGUCUCCCUAUUCCUCUCCCUGUGCCCCAUCAGGACUGGAGAGGAUAUGUUCGUCACAGGGCAGGAGACAACUGGGGUGGGGUCGGGGAUGACAACAUCACCAAUAUGGACAAAUCUUUACUUCUCCUUUCUGGACCACUAUGUCACCGUUAGAAGCCCGUGUAGGAGGCUAAGAUCCACACCUUACAAUUUGUACAGUUUCCACAUGAUGUCCAUGUUGCCUCUUUGUAUUUCUCAUACAGUAUAUUACACAGAUGGCACACGAUUAGCAGUAUAUUGGCCCGUGUCUUGUUAAUUGAAAUGCUUUCACACUACCUCUAUUGAAAAUAGCAGCAGAACAAAUGACAGGAACAGACAAAAAAAAAAAUCAUUUGGAAAAUCUUCUUUUUUGUUUAGUUUCGAGGUUUUUCUUGUAGUUACUGAAAUUUGUACUAACAUCUAAUACCCUUUCACUCUGCCUCCGUCAAAUCUUUUAUUACUGUACCCGCGGAUUUUUGUCUUAUAGUGCCAAAGUUCAGCCCUGGAGGUAACUUUUGAUAACGGUAGCAUUUGCCUGUUAUGACUUCCGCUCAUGUUUGUCAUAGCAUACUAUGUCAGCUAACUUCCUGUUAGCUGUGUAGUGACCAUAAAAGUCUCUUUAUAUAUCCCAGCAUUCAUCCACAUUUUACAUGGUUUGUAUUCAAAGCCUCCACAGCAGACAGUAACACAUAUUCUAUUUUAUAUUUUACAGUACAAUAUAAUAUAGUGCAGUCCAAAAGUGAAUGGAUAUAACCUACAGUAUGACAUCGCGCGGGUCAGAGGAUUUGGGGUCUUAGCUCUAUUUCCUUCUCAAACUAGUGUUUUGCGUAUCCACAUUCUUCGUGGGAGAAAUCGACCGUAAACACUUAAUCGAUGAACACACAUUAGUAACAAAUAUGACACGUUGGUAUGUAUCAAAGCACAAUAUCGCCUAAUUAUUACGGGAGGGUUACGUGUGUAUAUGUCGACGAGAAGAUGAUGCAGGUAAAAAUCUUGAGUCAGUAUUUAAAGAUAGCCAAACAUUGUACAUACAGUACAUGAUCAUUCAUUGUCAAUGUGCAUCAACGCGACUACACUAUAGCCAAAUACUGCUGGUAACCAAAACCAUGUGUGGGCAACAAAAAAAAUAAUAUCUUAAUCUUCUUAAUUUUCAUUCUGAGUUUAAUGUACCGUGUUGUGGGGAUUUGACACACUGCAUGUCUUUGUUCUGAAUUUACUGCAGUUUUCAUUUGAAAAAAAUAGGGUGUCCUGUCCAUACUUCCAAGAUUUCAAGGGUCCUUCGACAUUUUUUUUAAUUUAUUUCAUUUUACAAUGCCACACACUAAACACACCGCAUCCAUAAAUAUAAACAAAUCCAAAAUGUGAAAUCCAAUUUGUGACCUUUGUUGUGUGUACAGUAUAGUAUUUGGUCCAACAUGUAUACAUCGUUACAAAUAGUCUUGUUGAAAUAUUCAGCAUCUACCAUACUUUGAUACCAAAAAAGGCAGAAGUUUCAUCCUCUACAUUUGCAUCAGCUUUACCCACUUGUCUUUUUUUCUCUUCUUUUUUUAUGAUUUUAUGAUUAAAGGUACUAAAGGGCAUCUCAAAACGCUCCAGUACUCUGUAGUGCAAGCCAAAUAAAAAAAUGCAAUAGAAAUUAAACGGAAACAAAGAUGGCACACAAAUCCAGAUGUUUGAAUAUAUUUUUGUCUCCAUAUUGUGAAUAAGACAUCUUUUUUUUCUCCCCAUCAUCUCGUUAGUCUUUUGCUUGGUUACAGGACUAUGUUUUAUUUUUAUGCUACCAUAAUAUGUGAAUUAGCCCGAGAAUGCUCUAUAUAUGUAGAUAUGCAACUUUACUCUUUUUUUGCUUCUUUUUAUUAUUAUUAUUUGGGCAGUAUCCACUUGUGAAGAAAUGCAGCUCAGUGUUUUGCAGACGAGGAGACGGAGCCCCCCCCCCCAUGUUGUUUUUUUGGGGGGGGGCAAAUUCGUCUCCUCUAGUUUGUAUCUUCAGGCCAUGGAGACAAUUCCGCCUCUAAAAAUGGCUACUGUCCCGCCGAGGGUGACGUGAAAAGUCUGCGUUAACGUUGCCCUGUGACAUUGUCUUUCGUUUUCUUUACUUUAAACUAAACCCUUACAACAAAACUGAGUCCAACCCCAACUAAUCUCCGCGAUGAGUACGUACGUACACGGAGUUGGCGGCAGACUGAAGAGCCCCGCCCCAUCCCCGCCCCUCUGUACCGUUUAACAGUCCUCGUCGCGUUUCUCGGUGUUUGAACACGUACAUGUUGUUAGGCAGUUGCCGUUGCUGAGGUAACCAUAGUGUGCUUAUCAUGAAGAGAAGCAAACGCUGCAAUUCUCAUCGUUUGCGAAUCCCUUUUGGGGUUCGUCCACUUGAGCGUGCUAGUGGAGGACCGGGUACCACGUGACGGGUACACGUCUCAGACACGCCCUCUUUGAAGUCCUUGGACGGAAUGGACAGCGCGAGCCGCGCAGGCAGAAGGGUUGUCACUGCGCCCCUCCGAAAAAUGCUUAAGCUCCCCUUUUCACACCGCCUGUCAAAUGUUAACGAAGCUUCAUGUAAUGAUGCUUUUUAGUUUUUGAAUACAGAAGUAAAAAGUGACACAAGAAGAGAAGAAACUGAACAAUUUGUAAAACAUGAAAUGUUUUAUUUGUUGCAUGUCUUUCGUUCUUCAAUAAACUAACGUACUGCAGUGUUUUGAAUGUUACUUCUUUUUUUACGAAGAUUUCCGAUUGAAAUCGUGGAGCCUUUUUUCUUGACAGGUUUUGACUUUUAAGAUCUCUGCAUAUGUAAAAAGGUAUCAAAUGGGGGGGGGGGAGAAAAACCUAUUGUCUUUUUAAUUCCAAUCCAAACCUUGUUUUCUGUGGAGAGAGAGAAAAAAAGUAGCUAAAAAGUGUAGGUUUUAUGGUCUCUUAAUUUGUAC